AUGCGGCACACAUUGUACUUGGUCCUUAAGCAGGCUCUGUUUCCUCAUCAACACUCCUCGCUCUCUGAUCGCCUCGCUCAGGCCAGUGACUGUUUUACUUCAGCGCCCUGCCUUGCAACACAUGCAGUCAAGUCAAAGGAGAAGUAUGAGGGGAAGGCAUCUGAAGCUGAGAUUUCUGAGAUAUGGGAGAAACCAUGGCAAGAAAUCAUCUCAUGCGAAGAUGGCAUGAGAAACAAGGCAGACAAGGCCACAAGAAGUGCACUGGAGAAAGACAAGAAAGGAAUGGGAAGUAACAUAGGCAGCUUGGUGCCAGGACCAAAAAAUAAACACAGCACACAUUGUACUUGGUCCUUAAGCAAGGUCCGUUUUCUCAUCAACACUCCCCACUCUCUGGUCGCCUCGCUCAGGCCGGUGACUGUUUUAAACCCAAGUAGAACCCGCGUCUUGUGGCAAGUCGUCUUUUUUUUGCCUUUUCUGUUCUUUUCUGACUUGGCAGUUUCAGUUACGCCAUUCAAUUUGGCUCGGUUAGAUCUCCGGCGCACUCUAUGCCGCUCCUCACCAUUCUCAGUCACUUUUGCUCAACGGCCAAGUCUUGGAACGGAUUCUCAAGGUCUCGGUUUCGCCCGAUUUCAUUCAAUAUGCUCAGACACUUUGUUUCUGUCUGGAUCGAUGUGGUUUGGUCGCAUUGUCCACCAUCAGUUUGCUCUUGCUAGAUUAGAUUUGGUUUCGCCCUCAUUUUCACUGGGGGUCAGGGAGGAACUGAGCCGAUAUUUCAAACGAAAAGCAAACACCAUGACAUUAUAUGCUAAAGAAGGCCCACCCAAAUCAAACAACCUGAUCUUCUCCAGUGAUCUCUUCAUCAGUCGUAGUAUCUCCGAGUUAUCUAAGUCAGUGAGACCCCCCCAUACGGCCGCAUCACUGAAGGGGCACACCUGCAAGAUUGAAGGCGUGGAAAACAGCGCUUUGUAUCUGCCGCUGUCAGGAAAGAAGCCUUCGGACGACUCUAAUCGUCUUGCGCUCAGAGGGAACUCUGGGCUUGCUCUGGGCCAUGAUCAUCUGAGGUUGUGCUGUAAUUUGGGCUCAAAUGAAUUGCCUGCAUGGAAGACUGAACAACGUUAUGCCGUGUCGAAAACAUCGUUUGACGAGGCCGACUCUUCUUUGGGUCAUAUUGACACAUUUUACCAUUCCGCCACUGCUUAA